UAGUUCGGUGCGUGCCCCACCAUCCAUCUCAAUCUGCAUCCAUUCAAGCUACAAACAGUUUCUGUACAUUACCUCAAUCUACCAUAUUUGCUGUAGCUUGAUCAUACCCCGACCAAGAGUGAGCAGGCCGCAUAAAUUUGGCUCGAUCUACUUGGCGCAAGCCCCUAGCACAGGGAGAGAGAAUGGCCGACCCGGCCUUCAAACCAGCUCUGAUAGUGGUCGAUCUGCAGGAGGAUUUCUGCCCUCCUAACGGCUCACUCGCCGUCAGCGAGGGCCGGGCCAUCAUCCCCGUGGUGAACUCGCUGCUCCGCCUCCCCGGCUUCGUCGCCCGGAUCGCCACCAAGGACUGGCACCCGUCGGACCACAUCUCCUUCGCGGCCAACCACCCGGGCAAGCGACCCUUCGCGGACACGUGCACGGUCGCCAACCCGCUCAACCCGGCCGAGACGUACCAGACGCGCCUGUGGCCGGUGCACUGCGUGCAGGGCACGCCCGGCGCCGAGCUGGUCCCCGAGCUGGACGCCGGGCUGCUCGACCGCGUCGUGGAGAAGGGCACGCACGCCGCCGUCGAGAUGUAUAGCGCCUUCCACGACCCGCUGAGGCGGCCGCGCGUCAGCGACAGCGGGCUGGCUGCCGCGCUGAGGGAGGCCGGUGUCACGGACGUGUAUGUUGUUGGGUUGACUGCCGACUACUGCGUGCGGAGCACGGCUGUGGAUGCCCUGGCGGAGGGGUUUGGCUCCUUCGUGGUCGAGGAGGGGACCCGUGCCGUGGAUGCGGCGCGGUGGCCGGAAUGUAGGCUUGAGAUGGAGAAGGCAGGCGUCAGGGUUGUCAGCGUGGAUGGGCCUGAGGUGGGGAGGCUCAGGGGCUGAUCAAUUAUCUAGGGCUAGCCACCCGUCAUCUAAUGUAGUUGGUAUCCUACAUUUUUGGGGGAAAUAUGAAAGCCAUGGUCUGAUGGAUUGUGGCCGCGAUCGGCUCUCCUGGGAUAACAAGAUUGAAGCAUGGCAUGGGACCCUGUCAUCACUGCAGCGCCAAUGCGUACUAAAAUGGACUACCGGCAUG